AUGGUUGAACCGAUUUCACGUUUACCUGGUUGUAAUCCAAUAACUUAUUCAAAUGCAACUAAAUGUACAAACGGUUAUGAUCCAAAAUCAAUGGAUAAUACAAAUACUUUUCAUAUUCAAUCAAAAAUAACUGGACUUUAUUUAACUUUUAAUCCAAUUUCAGAAAUUGUUUAUGCAAAUGCUUCAAUUCAAAAUCCAACUUAUCGAGAAACCUGGGGUUUAGGAUGGGCUGCAAAAGAUACAGGAAGAACAAUAAGAAAUACCGAAUUAAAUCGACAUUUUACAAUUCAAGAUAUUCUUCGUGUUCGUGGUCCAGAAUCCGAUACAUGGGAAAUAUUUACUUUGGAAAAACAACCAAAUUCAAAUUAUUAUGCAAUCAAAAAUCGUCGACAUGGAAAAUAUUUAAAAGUGGAACAAGAUUUUACAAUUAGUGGUACAACAUCAAUUAUUGUUGAUUCGUGUCUUUUUCAAUUAAUUACACCAAAUGGAGGAUUUGUUCCUGAAGGUUUCAAAUUAUCUGAUUUCAAUCAGAAUUUAUCAAUUAAUAUCGGAUAA